CCCCAAUCACUGAAACUUUAAGUCAACUCUGCAUCCAUUCAUCUGAAUAGCUUCAGCGAACCCCCCCCCCCCCCCCCCCCCCCCCCCCAAAUCCUCCCUAUCUUGUGUUGCUGUGAGUUGUGAGUGCAUAAUGGCUGAGUUCGUGAUCGGGCCGCUGAUUUCCAUGGUCAAGGAGAAGCUGUCCAGCUACCUUCUGGACCAGUACAAGGUGAUGGAAGGCAUGGAGGAGCAGCGUAAGAUUCUGGAGCGAAAGCUGCCAGCCAUCCUGGAUAUCAUCCAAGAUGCGGAGGUGAAGGGGGCCUACCGGCCUGGAGUAAGAGCUUGGCUCAAAGAUCUCAAGACAGUGGCCUAUGAGGCAAACGACGUCUUUGACAAUUUCAAGUAUGAGGCGCUACGGAGAGAAGCCAAGAAGAAGGGGCAGUACAACAUGCUCGGCAUAGAUACUGUAAGCCUCUUACCUGCUCAUAAUCCCAUUCUGUUCCGUCACAGGAUGGCCAAGAAGCUUCAGAAGAUUGUGCAGACCAUCGAGGUCCUGGUCGCAGAGAUGAAUGCCUUUGGAUUCACUCACCUGGAGCCAGCACCACCGUCUGUGCAGUGGCGGAAGACAGAUUCAAUAAUGCUUGACUCUGACAAGGACAUUGUUAGCAGAUCCAGAGAUGAAGAGAUGAAGAAGAUCGUGAGGAUACUGCUUGAUGAAGCUAGCAACAUGGAUCUCAUGGUCCUACCUAUUGUUGGGAUGGGGGGAUUGGGCAAGACCACCUUUGUGCAACUCGUUUACAAUGAACCUGCAAUCAAGAAGCAUUUUGAGCUUCGGAGGUGGUGUUGUGUGUCUGAUGAUUUUGAUGUUGGUAACAUCGCAAACACAAUCUGCAGGAACAUAGAGAAGGAUCGUGAAAAAGCAUUGCAGGAUCUCCAGAAAGAAAUAAGUGGAAAGAGGUACCUCAUUGUGUUGGAUGAUGUAUGGAAUCGAGAUGCUGAUAAGUGGGGUAAACUGAAGACCUGCCUUAAGCAGGGUGGCACAGGCAGUGCAGUACUGACAACAACUCGUGAUUCUGAAGUAGCUCGAAUAAUGACCAUGGGUGUAGCUCAAGCCUAUAGUCUUGAGACGCUGGGUGAAAAGUAUAUGAAGGAAAUAAUCCAGAGUAGAGCAUUCAGAUUGCAAAUGACAAGCAGUGACGAGCUUGAUGACAUUGUUAAUAAGAUUGUGCACAGAUGUGGUGGUUCUCCUUUGGCAGCCAAAGCCUUUGGCUCUAUGUUGAGUACGAGGACUACUAUGAACCAAUGGAAGGAUAUACUAGCCAAAAGUAACAUUUGUAAUGACAGGACUGGAAUUUUGCCUGUUCUCAAACUCAGCUAUGAUGAUCUGCCGUCACAUAUGAAGCAGUGCUUUGCCUUCUGUGCUAUAUUUCCCAAAGACUACGAGAUUGAUGUUGAGCAUUUGAUCCAUUUAUGGAUGGCACUUGACUUCAUACCACUAGAGGAAGAAGCACAUCCUGAAACAGUAGGAGAAGAAAUUUUUAGGCAGCUUACAUGGAGAUCUUUCUUUCAAGAGGUUAAAGAAAGUCCACCACCAAAGUAUAGAAAAACGAAUGGCAUGCUUUGUAACAAAACCACAUGCAAGAUACAUGAUCUCAUGCACGACAUUGCUCUUUCUGUUAUGGGUAAAGAUUGUCUCACGGUAACUGACAGAACCAGUUACACGAAGCCUUUACCAGAUCCAACUCGUCACUUCUUCUUGUCAUGCCAUCUUGGAAAACAGUUGGAUGAUUUUCUGAAGAAACAGCCUCCAACUCUCCAGACACUGUUUUGUACUUAUGGUGACUUUUUGUCACAUCUAUUGGAGUACAAUUCCGUACGAGCACUACACCUCCAACAAAAUUUAAGGCAUCAAGUCAGAUCAAGGCACUUACAGUCACAACAUCUGAGGUAUCUUAAUCUCUCAGAUAGUGAUGUGAUCACAGAACUUCCUCAAGAAAUUAGCAUGCUGUAUAAUCUACAGACAUUGGACGUUUCUUUUUGCCGUCGGCUUCAUCAACUACCAAAGCAAAUGAAGUACAUGACAUGUCUCCGACACCUGUAUACACAUGGAUGCAGAUCACUCACGCACAUGCCCCCAGAUAUUGGACAGCUGGCAUCACUGCAGACCCUAACAUAUUUUGUGGUGGGGACUAGUUUCAACUGCAGUACUGUUGCAGAAUUGCAGAAUUUAAAUCUUGGUGGACAGUUAGUGUUACACGGCCUACAAAAUGUAGCUGAGGCACACGCAAAAGCAGCCAGCCUUGGAAAAAAACAGAAACUCACACACUUAUCUCUCAAGUGGAACAGUGAUGUCAAUGAGGUACAAGAUAGUCAUAUGAAGGUGCUAGACGCUCUCAAACCUCAUGGUGGUUUGGAGAUGCUAAGGAUAGAUUCCUAUAAAGGCAGUAGUUUACCAUCAUGGAUGAUAGAUUUCAGUCUGUUGCAGCAGUUGACUGAACUUCACCUGAUUGACUGUACCGUGUGUGAAGUAUUUCCUGAAUUCUGUCAUCUGAAAGCCCUUCAAGUUCUUUAUUUGGAAAAGCUAGACAAAUUGCGGAGCCUAUGUAGCGAUAUGACAUCUAUGGUAUUUCCAGCAUUAAAGAAACUCAAGUUACGUGAUUUAGAGAGCAUGGAGAGAUGGGUGUCAGCCGAAGGCAAAGAUGAAGUAACCUUUCCAGUACUUGAGAAAAUUGGUAUUAAGAACUGUCCAAAACUGACUAGUCUACCUGAGGCGCCAAAGCUCAAGGUUAUAAAUGUGAAUGAAGGCAAGGCACAGAUAUCCUUAGCAAUAGUUAAAGCUACAUACACGUGUUUAUUGUCUAAGCUAAAACUGUCAGUUGAAGAUAGAGAAGCAACACUUGAGCUAGAUCCAGAGAAUCAUGAAUCACCUUUGACAGAACUGAGCUUAGGUGGAUGCAACUUUUUGUUCCUCUCAAGUCCAUCCCAGCCAACAAUCGGAUUUUGGAAAUCUUUUGAAAAACUUGUUGAUCUGGAAAUAAAAAAUUGCAGUGGACUCGUCUACUGGCCGGAGGAAGUGUUCCAAAGCUUGGUAUCCCUGAAGAACUUGGAGAUUAAGUCGUGUGAUAAGCUAAUAGGGCCCGCACACGUGAAUGGUGAACCAAAGCCAACGGCGGAACAGGUCCUGCCACAUUUAAAAAUUAUACGGAUCCGUAAGUGUGACAGCUUGGUAGAGCUGUUCAGCCUCCCCCCAUCCCUCAGAAGUAUUUAUGUUUGUGACUGCAAUAAACUUGAGCGCAUAUUUGGGAAGGGGGAUCAGUUUGCCACACCGUGCGACGGCCACGCAUCAUCCACUGUGGUAGAGCAAUCGUCAGCGCAAGCAAAUCAUCCUCCACCGAACCUAGAGUAUCUAUUUAUAUCUUCUUGUGGUAACAUUGCAGCACUUCCAAACCUGCCGCCGUCCCUCAAGUCGUUAUAUAUUUGGGAGUGUCAGGAGCUCUGUUCUGUGUCAGGGCAGCUGGGUGCACUCGAGCGGUUAGUCAUUUAUGGCUGCAGUAAGCUGCUGUCACUGGAUUCCUUGGGAGACCUGCCAUCACUGGAGUCCCUCACAAUUGACAGCUGCAAAUGCCUUGCAUCCUUACCUGGUUGUCAUGGAAGCUACUCAGCUCUUCGGGUAGCCAUGGUCAAAUACUGCCCAUCCAUAGAUAUGAAGCCACUUUACAAACUCGACCAACAGCGGCUUGACAGGCUUGAAGUCAGAGACUUAUCCCACGCUCAUUCAAGCGAUCCGUAUGACGGGGCUAAACUGAGGGAACCAAAAUCCUGGAAAUAUGCUAUCCCUGGGUGUCAAGAUUGGGCAAUCCGGCGUCACAGGAACCCCUGAAUGGAGAGCUGGUUAUGGUCCUCCUGAUUGCUGAAUUUCGGAUGCAUGCAGCUCCGAGAUCUGCCUGCGAGUACUCCGGUGUUGACAGCUUCAAGAGUUUGUUAUGUCGCUCGGAGCCUAUUGGUUAAAUAUUUCUGUGUGCCGCUCGCAUGACUGACUAGUUUUGCACUCUUGUAAUGCACUAGUGUUGUGGCAUGAAUAAUCUUCCGCUGUACUUUGGUUAUGACUUGUAUUUCACUGAAUAAGCUGCAUUUGGAGUACCGCAAAAGGAACACGGCGAGUAAUGUUUAAUUCUCUGAACAUGGUGAGUUUAUGUAUCCUUGGAAUUGUCCUGGGGCCUUGAGCCCGGUUCAUAGGCAUGUUUAAUUUGGGCACCUACUCGAGCACAAA